GGAGGGACCUAGCUAAAACGUCACUUCUAAUAUACCUUUUUAGUCUUUGCUGUUUAGAAAAGAGAAAAUAGAGAAGACGAAAUUUUCUUACAUAGGUAGACCCUUACAUUUAACGUAGAGUGUUGGAUCUGACGAGAUGAGUUACGUGAUUGCACUACUCCUGGGUUGCUGGGCACUGGUAGGAACGCUGGACGCCGCCAUGACCCAACAGUGUAUACGAGGGGGGCAACUGUGUUGGUCUAACGCAAGAUGUUGUUCAAAGUACUGUCACAGAGAAACCUACGGCGUCUACAGAUGUGUCCAUGGCAACGGGUGUGCAGCUGAUGGUGAAAAGUGUUCGUGGAACUCCCACUGUUGCUCCGGCUACUGUCACCGCGUGCGUUACGGAGUAUACAGAUGUGCGGCUCCUGAGGCCGGGGAAGACCGCUGCUUUACUGUAGAUAGUCCUUGCACUUUUGACGUCCAGUGCUGUUCACGCUUCUGCUACAAACAUCCAGGACGUUUUACAUACAAGUGCCUGUAAAUAAUUUUGUCUUCGGAAGUUUUCCUUACUGGAUCCUUAACACAGAAGAAAAGUGGAUGAUUUUAUUUAAAUAUCAAGCAAGACCAUAAUUGUCUUAAUAUGCAUGUAAUAGAGAUUUUCGUUGGACGA